AUGCGUGCGCUCCUGCUCCCGUCCAGGGCUGGCCCUGCUGCCCUGCUCCUGGUUCUCUGCCUGCAGCUGGGGGCCAGCAAUGCCCAGGAAAACAACUGGAAGGUGAUGACAAUGGACCUGCAGAUGCAGCAGACCGCAAAAAAAAACGAGGAGGUCCCCGUGACACUCAAACUGAGCACGGAAGUGCAAGAAUGCAUGGUGGUGAAAACUUACCUCAAAAGCAGCAGGCCACUUGAAGGUACUUCUCAUAAUUAUGAUUUCACUAGCUGUCUGUGUAACGAUUAUCCAAGAACCUUCUUCUGGGACAUUCGGAGCAACUACACUGUGAAAAUUGCAGCAGUAGUCGACAUUAUUCGGGAAUUAAAUAUCUGCCCUGAAGAUAGGGCAGUAGUGCCCAUCAAAGCAAACCGUUUCUACACCUUUCAAACACUACAGAUCACAUCGUAA